CGUGUCUGCCUCCCUUGCAUCCUGUUUCCAAGGCGGUCUCAGAUCAGACUAGCAGUGGUCGUAGCAUAGUUUCAUCCGUGCCUGUUUUCACUUUCCCCAAAAGUUCUAAGGAGCGGGUUGUAGCGGCACGACCAUAACAACAGGUGACGAGACGUAAUAUUACGAAACCCGUUUCUUUUCGUUGCUGGCGCUGCGGGGUCGCCGCGAGACACCAGCCAACCUUAGGGUAGAGCGUCGAGAGGAUUAUUGUAAGGCCAGUCCAGCAAGGUGCUAGUCACUUCGCCAGCUGGCAAGAUGCCACCGACUCAAGACCAGCGGCCGUUUCGGCACGUCAUCCGAGAUAGAAUGCUCAUAGAGAUGCUCCGAGGGUCGAAAUCAGCAGGCGGUGGCGAGUGGAAGGUUCUGAUCACCGACGCCUUCACCCUGCGCGUCAUGUCCGCGUCUUGCAAGAUGCCUGACGUCACCGAGGAAGGCAUUUCCCUGGUGGAGGACAUCAACAAGAGGCGGCAGCCGCUCCCAGCCAUGGAGGCUCUCUACUUCAUCCAACCGACCGCUUCCAGCAUCGGUCAGUUUAUGAAGGACAUGCAGGGCAAGUCACCUCUCUACAAAAAGGCGCAUGUGUAUUUCAGCCGCCCGGUCUCCAAGGACAACCUGCAGCCGAUUAAGGCAGACCCUCUGCUGCGCUCCCGCAUUGCGGCUUUAAGAGAGAUGAACCUGGAGAUCCUCACGGUGGACAUCCAGGGCUAUGUGACGGAGCACGACAGCGCGCUGGUGGAGCUGUUCAAGGAGGACAUCAGCACCAGGGAAUACGAGCUGCUCAUUGACGAUAUCGCCACGCGCCUCUCCACUGUCUUUGCCUCACUCAAGGAGUUCCCAGCAGUGCGGUACAGGGCGGCCAAGGCCACAGGCGCAGCAGUGAGCAUGCAGAGGAUGCGCGAGCUGGUGUCCACGAAGCUCGCAGCAGCAGUGUGGGACAGGCUGAGCAAGUACAAGACGUCCAUCCAGGGGUUUCCAACCAGCGAUACCUGCGACCUCCUGAUAGUUGAUCGCUCCGUGGAUGCGGUGGCUCCCAUCAUCCAUGACUGGAGCUAUGGUGGCAUGUGCUUCGACUUGCUGCCGGUUGACGGGCAGAAGUAUGAAUACGAGGUGACAGGGCAGAGCGGUAAGCCAGAGAAGAGGACAGUGCUGCUGGACGAGCAUGACCCUGUCUGGCUGGAAGUGCGCGACCUCUUCCUGGCCGAGGCAUAUGAGAAGGUGAAGGAGGUGUUUGACCAGAUCAGCGCCAAGACGUCCACCAGUGAUCUAUCCGGCAAGGAGCUUCACAAGCUGGUCCAGUCACUCUCCAAGUACCGGGAGCAGAAGGACAAAGUGGAGCUCCAUAUUAAGAUCUCGUCUUCUCUGAGCGAGCGCCUGAAUGCGGAUGGUUUGUUUGAUGUGGGGAAGCUGGAGCAGGGCUUUGUGUUUGGGGACUCGGGGGCGAGCUACAAGGAGCUGGCGGCGCUGAUCAACAAGUACCCCGACAUGAGCACGCACAACAAGAUGCGGCUGCUCAUGGUGUAUGCCGCCAUGCACCCCGAGAAGCUCGACCCGCAGAAACAAAACUUCUGGAUGAAGCUCGCCAAGCUAGACCAGGAGGACAUGCGCACGGUGAUCAACCUCGAGUUCCUCGGAGUGGGCAUCAACAAGGACGCCUCCUCUGGCUUCUCGCUGUCCUUCGGCAGCCGCAAGGAGAAGGGCCGAGUUCGCAAGGAGAGGAGGACGUCAGAAGAGGCCUAUGAGCUGUCACGCUUUUACCCGUUCGUCCAGGAUAUCUUGGAGGACUUAGACGAGGGAAAGCUCUCCCUGCAGGACUACCCCUAUGUGCAAGAGCCUGACUCCGGCCCCUCCAGCUCCGCCCGUCCCCGCGACCCCGUCUCCUCCCUCGGCUCUGCCUUUUCCGCUCUCAAACCCUCUGCUGACUCGGCCACAGCCGGCAGAGCAGGGGCUGCAGGGGGGGGAGGGUCGGCUCGGCCGGAGAAGCCUGCUGGGUCGGCGCGAGCGGGGAUGAGUGCGCGGAAGAAGGCGACUGGAGGUGCUGCGGCGCCUGCUCCGGCUGCGACUAGUGGGAGUAGUCUGGCGAGCUGGGCGUUGAAGGGAGUUGGGAUGGAGGAGAAGAGCUCGAGCUCUGAGCGCCCCUCUGUUUCCGCUGCCAGUUCGGGCCAGAAGGGGCGGCGGCUGUUUGUCUUCAUCGUGGGUGGCAUGACUCGGUCCGAGAUCCGCGUGGCUCACAUGCUCUCUCAGCAGCUCAACCGGGAGGUCAUUAUCGGGUCGACGUCGCUCGACACACCCAACAAGUUCAUUGAAAAAAUGAAACUUCUCAAGAAGUAAAACGCCAUCUGAUCGGAGCAUGCUGUUUAGGGCCCAGGGAGUGUUGGAUUGGGAUCCAAUGGAAAGGUAACAAUGGGUGUUUCAACUGGUAACAACGGGUGUUUCAGCUGGUACGGUAACAACGGGUGUUUCAGCUGGUAACAACUCCAUGCCGUCACGUCAUUAUAAUAUACCAUCGAUCCUGCCUGCUACUACCAUCAAGCAGACAUGAUGCUUAGACUAGGGGGUGAUUCAGCUUUUUGCCCCUUGACAAAUAUUAUUAUCCUACUGGUUCUUGAAUUAUAGGUUCUUGGAGUGUAGAUCUAACUGGAGCUGCUAAAAUGAGUUGAUUGACUUCUUCCAGAGCCACUGGUAAGGGUGGCAAUAGCAAUAGCAAUAGGGAGGUUUGGCAAUAGCAAACACUCACCCCUAGUACUGGAG